AUGAAUCAAAUCGUCCUUUAUCAAAUUGUUGGUAAUACAACGCUUAGCGAUUUAGAAUUUAUGCGGAGGGAUCCUAUUUAUUUCCCUUCCGCUAGUAGCACAUCAACUAGUUCUUCAACAGCGUCCGACGCGCAAAGUGCUCCACCUGACUUUGAGAAAUUCUUUUCUAAAGUAUGUGAUGAAUACACCAGGUGUGUGCAUGAAGCCGGGAGGGUAUUACCCCCGGAAUGGACCAUGCCUGAACUUGUUCGGACAGUGCUUGGGGAUGACGCUAUUCAUCACGGCUUUCUUACAGAUGCCUACUACAAUGUGAUGUUAUGUGGCACUCGUAGUUGGGGAUGCGAGGAGCUGCUGAAGUUUCUGGAUCUAAUCAACUAUGUCUUCUAG